AUGAGCCAAACAGAGUUGUUACACAAGGUUCUCAAUCAAGACCAUCUCUACGGAAACAACAAACAAUGGAUGGAGGGCAACGUGGGGUACCACAUCCAGCUCCUGGUCAGCCACCAGGUAAAAGCAUGUCACAAGUAUUUCCUCCCAAUACAAGCACUGGCCCCACCCCAGGCCGAUCACAGACUAUGACACCAACCGGACAAACCAAACAGGAGCCAACACCCAAACCAUCAGGCGGACUGUUCGGCUUUAUGGGAGAAAUUGGAGACAUGAUCUCUGGAACGCCACCAGCACCACCACCACCAACAACAACAACAACGACUACUACUAAAGAGGAAACUCCUGGUAUGGGGUUAUUGUCCAUGUUUGGUGGGUCUAGUCCUCAGCAGGCACCGACCCAAACUGAGUCAUCUCAAGCACCUCCCCCAGAACCACAUGUUAAAAGUUUAUUCUCAAUGUUCGGUGGACCAAGUCCACCACAGGGACCAUCACAGGCAACAACACCACAGGCACCUCAAUCUGGGCCCAGUCCACCACAAGCUCAACCUCAACCAGAGACUAGCUCUAUUCUUGGGGGACUCUUUUCUGGUUCAUCUGCUAGUGAAAGCCCAGCAAAAGGAUUAUUUUCCAUGUUUGGUGGCCCCAGUGCCCCACAACCAGAAUCUACAGCGCCUAAAGAACCACCCACUAAAAGCUUGUUUUCCAUGUUCAGUGGCCCUCUGUCACCCCCACAAGCAAGCUCCGUUGAUUCGGUAACCACAGUACCUACUUCUGAGUGUGCCAAUGCCCAGAAGGAAUCCAUCUCAGGUAUUCCACCUCAGGAACCUGCCCCACAUAAAGAGCCAGCAGCCACUAAAGAGCCACCAGCUACUAAAGAGCCACCAGCUACAGACACUCCUCAAACUGUGGGUUCUAUGUUGGGAGGGUUGUUUGGAGGAUCUAGUCCGCAGCCAGCUACAACUGCCCCUCAAACUGCGGGUUCUAUGUUGGGAGGGUUGUUUGGAGGAUCUAGUCCCCAGCCAGCCACAGCUACCCCACAAACUGCGGGUUCUAUGUUGGGAGGGUUGUUUGGAGGAUCUAGUCCCCAGCCAGCUACAGCUGCCUCUCAAACUGCGGGUUCUAUGUUGGGAGGGUUGUUUGGAGGAUCUAGUCCCCAGCCAGCUACAGCUGCUCCGCAAACUGCCGGUUCUAUGUUGGGAGGGUUGUUUGGAGGGCCUAGUCCCCAGCCAGCUACAACUACUCCACAAACUGCAGGUUCUAUGUUUGGGGGAUUGUUUGGAGGAUCCAGUCCACCCCCAGCACCUACUCAAACAGCAAAAACCACUGAGAACAAAAUAUCAACAGCUGCACCUCACACAACUCAAGCAGAUGGCACUGCCAAAAUAAAAGAGCAGGGAAACACACCUAAAGAUGGUACUGCAGUUGAGGCUGUUGAUUCUGCAAGCACAGUACCUACCCCUGGGUGUGUCACUGCCCAAAACGAAUCCAUCCCAGAAGGUGCACCUCAGGAACCUGCCCCACCUAAAGAGUCAGAAGCCCCUAAAGAGCCAUCAGCUACAGACACUCCUCAAACUGCAGGUUCUAUGUUGGGAGGGUUGUUCGGAGGGUCUAGUAACCAGCCAGCUACAGCUGCCCCGCAAACUGCAGGUUCUAUGUUGGGAGGGUUGUUCGGAGGGUCUAGUAACCAGCCAGCUACAGCUGCCCCGCAAACUGCAGGUUCUAUGUUGGGAGGGUUGUUUGGAGGGUCUAGUCCCCAGCGAGCUACAGCUGCCCCGCAAACUGCAGGCUCUAUGUUGGGAGGGUUGUUUGGAGGAUCUAGUCCGCAGCCAGCUACAGCUGCCCCGCAAACGGCAGGUUCUAUGUUGGGAGGGUUGUUUGGAGGAUCUAGUCCGCAGCCAGCUACAGCUGCCCCUCAAACAGCAGGUUCUAUGUUGGGAGGGUUGUUUGGAGGAUCUAGUCCCCAGCCAGCUACAGCUGUCCCGCAAACUGCAGGCUCUAUGUUAG